AACCACGUGGCUCAGGUAAACAUGGUGGGGAAGAUCACUCGUGUCCGCCAGAAGCUGCACCAGGAGGCGGUGAGGCUGCAGAGACCUCCGGCCGGGGACCGGGGCGCCGCGGCGGGGAGUGGCCGCCCAGGGGGCGCUCUGGCCGGGGAGCCGCGGCUGCAGGAGCCGCCGCCCGCUCCGGAGCCCCGGAGGUCGGGACCUGGUCCCGGUCCGGGUCCCGGGGAGCCGCCGCAACAGGUCCAGGCCCGGCAGGGUUCUUGUGAUACCGUCCAGGCCCUGCAGGGCGGCUUCCCCUCCAGGAUCUUCUCCGGUACCAAGAUCCUCCCGGAGGUUCUGGUCCAGAAACUGAUCCACCAGGAACCUGCAGAGGAGCCGCCGUCCCCCAGGAGAGGUCCGGACCAGAGGAAACUGAAGACCAAGCGGGUGAAGCUGAGUGAGAAGAGACAGAUCUGGAUGAAGAAGAUGACGUCCAUCCGGGAGUCCCGGGUGCAGCAGGCGGCGGCGGCGCGGCGUCAGGCCACGCCGGUGGUUGGAGACCUGCAGCCGCUGGCCGACGCCCUGCCAGAGCUGAGCCAGCUGCUGGGGGCCCCGGGGGGGGCCCAGAAGGCCCGCCGGAGGGGCCGCAAGGACCGGGUGCCGGAGAGGAAGCCCCCCCCCACCGACUUCAGCCAGAUGAAACGCUCCCAGAAGCAGCAGCUCUUGGAGUCGGAGUGCAGCCGGUUCCAGGAGGCCGUGAAGACUCUGUCCUGCAGGACCGACCCACUGGUUCUGAUCGGGGAGACGCUGAGGAGGAGGAUGGAGGAAGAGGAGGAGGGGGGGCCCAGGUAGACCCGGGUCGGACCUGGACCCGGGUCCGGGACCUCAGAACUCUUGGACUUGCUGCUUGUUUCUGCUCAAAUCCAGAAUAAUAAACGAACCUUCAGGUCUCGUCGUCCCCCUUCCUCUGGUUCUGGUCCCGCCCUGGCCCGGGGAGGUAAGACGAGCCGGUUCUCACCGGGUCCUUCCUGUGGUUCCGGUUCUGACCGGGUCCUUCCUGUGGUUCUGGUCCCGCUGAGCCGGCGGGCCGCUGCUAUGGACCCGGGUCGUCUUUCCUCCGCCAUUAAGACUCAUCAAUAAUGGAUCUGAGUGUCGGAUUAAAGUCAUCAGAGCAACCGCUCAUUAAGCUCUGCAGAACCGGGAGUUUAGCUCCUAUAAUGUAAUAAAUUAACCCUAUAAUGUAAUAAUUUCACCCUAUAAUGUAAUAAUUUCACCCUAUAAUGUCAUAAUUUCACCCUAUAAUGUAAUAAUUUCACCCUAUAAUGUAAUAAUUACCUAAUAAAUGUAAUAAAAUCCAAUAAUGUAAUAAUUUCCUGAAAAUGUAAUAAAAUUUGCACUUAACUCAAUCAAAAAUGUAAUAAAACCCAAUAAUGUAAUAACUUCACCGAUAGUGUAAUAAAAUAUCCUGACGGAUAUUGUAAUAACAUUUUUACCAAUAAUGUAAUACCUUAUUACAUUAUUGGGAAUUUAUUACAUGGUUGUCAAAGUCUGUAAUUUAACCCAAUAAUCAUUCUGGUGUUUCAAAUCCAGCGUAUAAAACAUUCUUAGAUACUUAAAACACAAAUUGUAGAACUCUGGACUGAAAAUGAACAUAUAUAUUACAUUAUCUGUCAAGUAUUAUAUUAUCAGUUUUGGAAGAAAAAAAAAAGACCCACCUGAAUAUGUAAUAAAUUCCAUCCAAUCCAAUUCCAAUAAUGUAAUAAGGUUUUACAUUAUUGGUAAAAAUGUUAUUACAAUAUCAGUCAGGAUAUUUUAUUACAUUAUUGGGGAAGUUAUUACAUUAUUGGAUUUUAUUACAUUUUCAAUUGAGUUAAGUGCAAAUUUUAUUACAUUUUCAGGGAAUUAUUACAUUAUAGGAUGAAAUUAUUACAUUAUAGGAAGAAAUGAUUACAUUAUAGGAGCUACAGGGAGCUUUGGUGGACCAGAACCAGAACCAGAACCAGAACCAGAACCAGCUGGUUCCAGUAAACGAGCCCAGACUUCAGGUUUGGGCUGAAACCAGAACCGGGCCUGGAAUCCUGCAGCCGUGAAUCAUUUCUGAUGGUUCUGGUCGGGAAGUUGUGGCCCAGAAUAAUAUUUAAUGAACUGAAAUGAGCUGCUGUUGUUAUGAAGUAUUUGGUGGCUUCAGGACGUCGUUAUUUUGUAUUUCGUGGAGUUGAAUCAGCAUUUAGCAGCAGUGAGUCGACUAAAAUGAAUAUUAUGUUUCCAUAAAUGUUGAUUUUAGGCCUCGAUGCCGCAAAUACAUUUACUGGAAUAAAAUGAUAUUUCUGUGGUAAAAUAACGAGUAUUUAAUGACUGAAUUACACGUGAACAUGAUGUAACUGGAGGUGGAACAAGAACAACGGCUUCAUUCUCGGUUAAAAGGAGCCGUAAAACAAGAAGAAGAGAAACAGAAGCUGCAGUUUCUGAAAUUCAUCAUUUAUACUGAAAAUAUUUGUAAUUUCAUGUCAGAAAACGAUGCUGAACCGUCAAAAACCUUCAGUAAGAACAAGGUACAGACCACUACAGAUCCAGUUUCAUGUUUGACAGAUACAUUUCUAAGAAAGUUUCAUACAAACCCAAAAAAUAAAUGUCCCUAAUGUAUUAAAAUGAUAUCAAUAUAUAUAUAAUAUAUAAUUAACACUUCAAUUUACAUUUUUUUAAUUUUUUUUUGUGUUUUUGUGUUAUUUCAUCUGUCAGGCUUUAGAGGGUUAACUUCCAAAUGAAAAUAUUGAACUUUACAGCGCAAAUAAACUCAUUUCCAUUCUAGUAUAAAAAUGAACAAAUCUAAAGUUUCAUUAUUUAUCUUUUAAAUUAUCUUUUAAUAAUGUUGUGUACUUUAUGUCCCGUAAAACUUGUUGCAUGUUUUAUUCCAACUUCCAUCCGUCCAAUCAGCACGUCCGCCGCAGAAAAGAACAAUUAAAGCCAGAAUGUUAAGUAAAUAUAAUGAAAUAUGUUAGUUACGUUUGACAUACCCAUCGUCAUGAAAGGUAGAAACAUUGUUUGUUGUUGUUGAACGGGAUUAACUGAAUUGUAACUUCGAACUAAAAAAGAAUGUGUGUGUCUGUGUCGGCUGGCAGAUAUUUUAUUUUAGUUUUUAGUUUACUUUGUUGUUUUUUUUUAUUUACGUUCUUUGUAAAUUGAUUUGUUGGGAAAA